GCCACACCAGUCGUUCGCAUCGCAUUGCACUACCACUACGCUUGUUUGUAGCGUCUCGAAUUAAUUCACAGGCUCCUUCUGUUACGACUGCCUAUUCUCACUGCCCACGGCUUCUUCGACUCUGUUCUCUUCUGACGCCCAACGCCCAACGCCCAACGCCCUCCCGACAAUUGAGUCUCCUCGGAUCACCCUCCUGUCGCGCCACAAGUGAGCGACUGCCUUGACUUGUUCGACUGGUUUCCGUUUCCUCCAUCGUUCCUUCCACGCACUCUUCCCACCUCCACGACCGCGCCUUCCCAUUGACUCCCGCCAUCAUCGCGCCUGCAUUGAAUCUUUGUUUAUCUUGUGACGGCAGUCGCAUGCACGCAUGCUGCGCAAUCACAUACGCACUCAGCCGCCCAACCGUUCACCCUCCAUAUCUGCCCAUGAACCGCGCUGCACCUUGCCAUAUCCAAUAUUAAGCAGAAUCGCUGCUGACCGUAAGGACACAAUCUUCCUCAAAAGUGCUGUCGUUGCUAUCUUCCAAUCCUAUCCUUGAUCCGUUCGAGCGAUGCACUCCUACUCCUCCCUCCUAUCUAUGCCACCACGCACUCUCUACCUUCCUUUGCUUUCAAUUACUGAUGUUCUCUCACAGCCCUCUAGCUCGCUCUCGAAAACAGCCGCGCACACAAGAACCGUCAUCUCGAUUCCAGGCUCUCUAUCGCCUCUUCUGUCCCAGCUCCUUGAAAAUGGCCGACGGCCAGGAAGAGGAUUUCUCCCAGCUGCCCCUAUCAGAUCGCUUUGUCCACAAGAAUUGGAAGGUCCGGAAGGAGGCCUACGAGGCUGCUGCCAAAGCCUUUGAAGUCACUCCCGAUGAGUCGGACCCCGCUUUCAGACCAUUUCUCAAUGAUCCCAGUUUGUGGAAAGCUGCUGUCGCCGAUUCCAAUGUCGCCGCUCAGCAAGAGGGUUUAGCCUCGUUAUGUGCAUUUCUCAAGUACGGAGGUCGCGAGGCCGCCACAAGAUCCCGCUCCUACACUCUCCAACCCAUUUCUGAAAAAGGUCUCUCCUCCACCAGACCCGCUGCAAAGGCCAGUGCCCUCGAAGCUCUGUUGCUCUAUGUCGAAAUCGACAAGUCUGAUCCUGUCAUCGAAGAAUUAAUCCCCGCCCUCUCAAACAAGCAACCCAAGGUGAUUGCCGCCACCCUGAGCGCCAUUACCUCAAUUUUUCACGCAUAUGGUAUCAAAGUUGUCGAACCAAAGCCUGUCCUAAAGUCAUUACCAAAGGUCUUUGCACAUGCGGACAAAAAUGUCCGUGCCGAGGCCCAAAACCUGACCGUCGAACUUUAUCGAUGGCUCAAGGACGCCAUGAAGGUCAUUUUCUGGAACGAGUUGAAGCCGGUUCAGCAGCAAGAUCUCGAAAAAUUGUUCGAAAAGGUCAAGGAGGAUCCUCCCCCAAAACAAGAACGUUUGACGCGUUCCCAGCAAGCCGCUAUUGCUUCUGCCCCUCCUGCUGCUGCUGCUGGUUACGCCGACGACGAUGCUCAAUAUGACGAACCCGAAGAUGACGAUGCCGAAGUCAAUGCCUUUGAUCUAGCCGAGCCCGUCGAUGUCAUUUCCAAAAUGCCCGCCAAUUUUCAAGAGAUGAUUGCCUCCACAAAGUGGAAAGAUCGCAAAGAAGCCCUGGACGCCCUGUUCAAUAUUCUCAACACUCCACGCAUCAAGGAGGGCCCGUAUGAUGACCUUGUUCGAAGUUUUGCCAAAUGUAUGAAGGACGCCAAUAUCGCCGUCGUCACCGUAGCUGCUAACUGCACGGAAAAACUUGCCCAGGGUCUGAGGAAAGGCUUUGCCAAGUAUCGGGCCACCAUUUUAUCACCUAUGCUUGAACGUCUCAAGGAGAAGAAGCAAUCUGUGGCUGAUGCCAUUGGCGCCGCUCUGGACGCUGUCUUUACUGCCACUUCGUUAACUGAGUGUCUCGAGGAAACCUUGGGUUUCCUGCCUAACAAAAAUCCUCAGGUCAAACUCGAAACUGCAAAGUUUCUCAUCAGAUGUCUACGCACCACUCGAGAUGUUCCGUCCAAACCAGAGCAGAAGUCGAUCGCGGAUGCCGCCACAAAGUUGCUCACGGAGUCAACUGAGCCUCUCAGAGCUGCGGGGGCUGAGAUGCUGGGGACAUUGAUGAAGAUUCUCGGCGAAAGAGCCAUGAACCCAUAUCUGGAAGGCCUAGAUGAUAUUCGAACAACCAAGAUCAAGGAAUUUUUCGACGUUGCAGAGGUCAAGGCGAAAGAGAAACCCAAGCUAGCUCCAGCGCCACCGAAACCUGCGCCAGGUGCUGCGAAGAAAGUUGUAGGAGGCAAAAGACCUGUUGCCAAAAAGCCUGCCCCGGUCGCCGCUCCACCCCCCGAUGACCCGGCUCCGCUCCAGCCCAAACCUACCGCCAAAGCACUACCAAAGCCUGGUGGCCUUUCGCGACCGGGUUUGGCUCAGCCUUCUGGACUGAAAUUGGGUGGUUUGAAGAAACCUGGGAUUGCUAGCGGUGCAGCAAGUCCACAAAGACGAGUAAUGUCACCUCCAAUGAGCGCCGACGGCGAUGAAGAAGCUGCCGCGCCCUCCCCGUCUAAAUUCGGCCUUGGUCGUGGUGGCCUCGCUGGGCGUCCCCUCCAGCGGCCCGCAGCCACGCCACACUCACCAGGACCCAUGGCCUCAGUCGCAAAUGGCAUGUCGGCGAUGGAACGUGCCGAGCUCGAGGAGCUACGAGCCGAAAAGGAGAGGCUCAGUGCGUUAAGUGACAGCCUUCGAAGCAGCAAUGCCAAAUUGUCCAACGAGAUCGCCGAGCUUCAGAACCAAAAUGCCCAGCUGAUCGAAGAUCACACCCGAGACGUCCUGCAAAUCAAAGCCAAGGAAACCCAACUCGUUCGAGCACGGGGCGAGUGCGACGUCUUGAAGGCCGAAAUCGAAAGUGUUCGCAAGGAGAGUGAGCGGUACAAGCGAGAGGUCUCGAGGUUAGGGCGCGAAAGCUUCGGACGAGAAAAGGAGGAAUCUGCCCGUGGGCGUGCCUUUGAUGAAUUUGCGGGCGAGACCGGUGGCAUCUACGAAGACCAUGCCAUCACCCGAUAUCCGUCACAUAAUGGUGCCCCACAAUCCUCACGACCACAGAGCUCGCUACAACGGGCAGGCAGCACGACAAGUACAAACAGCGCUCGACUUGCGAAUUCGAAGCAGCGCCCCCAAAGUGGCUACACUCCUGGUCGAAUAGAACUUAGCCCUAGUGAGGAAAAGGAGAAUGGUGGGUUCGAUGUCACUGCUGCCCGGCGAAAAAUCAGUCCUCCUGUAAACCCGAUGUCGAACGGCAGUGGAAGGAGCAGUCCACAGAGACCAACAUUUACAAGCCGUGAGCCAAGUGACUCUGCGGCGGGUGGUUCCCACCAUCGAGGAGAAGAGAACUGGAAGCGAGCAGCCGAGGUCACAAGCCAGUUGAAGGCAAGGAUUGAGGCCAUGAAGGCACGACAAGGUCUCGCCAAAAACUGAGCUUCGUCUUCGCCAAUCAUCUUCUUCUACAUUGGCUCCAUCGGUUGUGAAUAUUCGGUGGCGGGCUGAUGAGUGUCGUUGUCCAUCACAGAACUGACUCCUCGACCAUGUCAUUUCCAGUUUGGCUUUUCGGCCUGUAUAUAGUCUUGUCGUCCGCUGGACCGGCGCUUUCGGACACCGGCGGUCAUCACGCUUGUCUCUGUCACGACACAUGGCUUGGCGCGGUCAGUUGCAUAGGUUGACCAGCGAGGCGGAUUUUUGGGCAUUUCCUCCGAAGGAGAUAUUCACGGUAUGUCUGGUUUUGCUAGACCGGAAGACCGUUCGAGUAAUGAGACCACAGGCAGGGGCCACCAAUGGCGCUAGUUUAUAAUGUGAUAUUGGAUGACGAUGACUUAAAAUCUGCUAUGCUACAUCUGAUGGACUGUCCCGAGAAGGCAUCUCCCGCUGCAAGGCCCACGUAUACCGUCAAUUUAGUACCGUACCCGGAUAGAAUCGACCAGGAGCAAGUAAGUCUGUUGCAUCUACAAUUGUCCAAAUGACAGGCCUACGGAUAUGGUUGUUGAAAUGCAC